AUGAAACGACGACGGAGGAAAAGGACGAGCUCUGAGCUGGGAGAAGAGGGUGACGCGCUUUCGGACGGACUUGAGGUUGGAGACGUAUCCCGGCGGUCGUCGUCCUCGGAGCCUCAACUAGAUGACGAUGACGAUGACGAUGACGAUGAGCACGACGAGCAAGAGAUUGAGCCACCUUUGGCACUACCACCGCUCCCUGCACUGGCACCCUCCGAGACUUCGUCCCCCAUAGACGCAAGAAGACAGCCUCAUCUUCGUACAAGAGACGUGUCGCCCUCCCUUGGCGCGCCUUCGCCCGUCGCUUCGACCUCGACAAGAUCCGUUUCGGCGCCGGGCCGUUCCCCCACACCUACCCCACCCGAAUCUGCCCCCGACUCGGACGGCGUCUCCGAAUUCGGGAUCGACAGUGGUCGUCGUCCAUUAUCGGCCAUCCAACCGGGAAGAGGUCAUCAUCGAAAAUACUACAUCGACGAAGAACUCGAUCAGGAGUAUCGCGCCUUUGAACGCGCUUGUCAGGCCUGGCUCAAGGCGCACCACAAAUAUCCGCAGUAUCGUCUGUUCGAGUCCAUCAAGGUGCGACUGUCGGAUCUGAUCAAGAACCGAUGGAGGUGGUGGAAAGGCGUAUCCAACUACGAGGUAGGUUGCGCAGACUCGCGCCAGGCAUGUCAAGAUAUGCGGGCCUUUUUUCACGUCCGAGCUGAGUUGAUGCUUCUUUCGCCCCCCCCCCCCACAGAGACUCGCCUACUUUGAAGACCGUAAAUGGCCCAACCAAAAACAGGUCACCGAAAUCAGACACCGUGUCGGACCCAAAGCGAUCGAUCUGACCAUCGAAGACUCGGACGACGAAUCCGACGCCGAAAGUCGCCGGCUUCGCGAGCUCGAAUGGCAAGACCCAGACGAAGCAUCGGCCCCGAUUGAACUGAACGAGUUUGGACAUGUCUACUCCGGCGAUGCGUUCAUCAACGAUCCGCAAAGGUUCAUCGCGUUGCCGACGCCGCCACCUACUCUGGAGGAACGACUGGCUCGAUAUCAGCGGGAGACGGCGAGGGUCGAGUGGGUUCGGAAGCGCGAGAAGAAGCGCCGGCGGGUCGAGCCGGAGAAAGGGACGACGCCUGGUGCUUCAGAGCCACGGAUAUCACCGAUUCUCGAGCCCACCUCGCCGCAACAAGUUCCCGAACUGAUGGACCUUGAAUACGACGUCGAAAGCAAGAGCGUGACCAGGACACGAGCAAAGGACAAGGAUGCAGCUCGUGCGAAGUCACUCGUUACUCGGCAGCAGGCCGCAUCCCGGACAAAACGGAGGAAGAGGAUUGACAAUCCGAGGCCUCGUCGGCUGUUUGGGAUUGCCCGCAAGAAGAAGACCGUGCCGGGUCGAAGGCCACAAUCUUCUCCAGACCGAAAGCCUCUGUUGCCUCAAGCCGAUCCGACAAUCAACGAAUUCCAUGAGUACCACCUCUUCGAGCUGUUCGAGAUACCGUUACCGACGACGAGGAAGACCAAAGGCGCGUUCGCGAUGCGCGAUUUUGCGCUCUACUCGAAACGAGUGCAUAGCAGAUCAAUGUCGGAUUUGCUUCUGCUCGACGGCUCUAACAAGAGCCAGUUCGACCGGCUCGAAUUCGAGGGCUGGGUAUUGCCCGAGGUGGAGACCUUGCCCGAGUCGGGAAGAAACUCGGCCGAUGACGGCUGGGUGGAAUUCGAUAGAAUUGAUCUCGAAUGGGAAACGCGGGGCGAUCGUAUCCCUCACGAGUUUGACGGCCUUCGUAAAGUCGUCAUCGCGGCAUCGGACAUCGUAGGCCUCGUCCCUCGCCUUGAGCGCAACACUGGUCGACCUUGUCUCUACCUCGUCACAAAGCUCGGGUCAUACCGCCUCGAGACGCCGGACGAGUCGUAUCGAAAAGGGCAUCAUCUCGAUCGAGCAAGCAUCUUCAUCAAUUUGUUUGUGUUUGGUCGAGAAAACCAUGUUCUGGGGCAGAACAAUCGACCGAUCCGUGACCUCGUUGCCGACUUGAAGGCCAAGCUCUAUGAUUUCAAACUUGUCAAGGCCACCAUGGCAGGUACGUCAUUUUGGUUCGACUCGCUUGUUUGUCCGAUCACCGCAGCUGACUGAUAUGUUCGCACUCGUAGCUCUGGAAAGACUACCACCAACCUAUCAGCUGCCGAAGCCGUGGUCAUCCUACGCGAAUCCCACCAUGGACCUUGGGAUCGCCCACUUGCUCCAUCGCCACCUCGUCAACACCCCCUUCGUCACGCCCGUCGUGUACAAUCUCGUCGCGCCUUUUCUCGAACCCAAAUCCGUGCGCACCGAUGAAAAAGCCGUGAUCCUGGGACGACGAGCGCAAGCGAACUCUGCCGCGGCGGUCGAACUGCAGGAGGAGAUGGAACAAGCGAUUCUCGACUGGUGGGAGGACAAUUCGGAUCCCGAGAUUACUUUGGAGGGUACUGGUGUGCAGAGAGAACAUCCGGAUCGAGCGGAUGGCGUGGAGGGAGACGGCGUUGCGGGUUCGCGUAUCACCGUGUACGAUUGCAUGAGGGUGGACGCGAACGUGUUCAAGGUCGGCGAUACGGUGCUCGUCGCGGGGACUCGAACAGACGGUCAGAACGGGGCCGAGGAUGCCAGUGCGAUCGAACGAGCGAGGAGGGAGGCGCAACGUGAUGACCAAGAAGGAGAUUGGUACGACGACGGACCACCCCCUAGCUUCCCGACCAAAGCACUGCCCGCCAAGCUGUGGUACGCCAAGAUCGUUUACUUCUUCGCCGAUAACGAUGACGUGGACCCCGAACCGGACAUCAAGGCCCACGUUUCUUGGCUCAUACCCUUGUGCGAUACCCCACUCGGCUCGCUAGCUCCAAAGCGUGCCCUUUGCUACAAUGAUCACUGCAGUACGAUCUCAGCCACCACAAUCGCUCGAAAGAUCAAUAUCGUCGAGCUGGAUCAUUGUAGUGGUGUACCACCCCCGACAGGACUCUACUACUCGCUUCACUGGGAUCGGCAUACGAACAACUACGUCGACUCGCAUCCCGUAGAGUACCUCUCGGGGCCCAAGGCUUUCGAACGCUGCGAGAAAGUCAACAUCGAGCGAUGCUCGAGCUGCGAACGUCGGAUCGAAGAGUAUGAGACGUCCUUCUUUGAUCCCAAGACCGAAUUGUCGACCGAUCGCGCGGCCUGGAUCGAAGAUUCGCCGAUACCCGCUUUCAAGGUGGGGCAGAAUACGUACCAUCUUGGGGACUAUUGCUACUUAAUACCGCUUGGGUCGGAGGGGUCGACGAACAAGACGAACAGGCGUGAACCUUACCUCUUAGGUCAGCUCAUCGGUGUCGGCAACGUCAAGCUUGGGGAUCGACCGAAGCGGCUCCCACCGUUCGACAAUGAGACCUACCUCCAGGUGCGCGCCUUGCUGCGCUACGACGAUGUGUCCGACAAGAAUCUCGUCUUUGGGAAACGCGAUUUCGAUGAACGACGCCUUGUCCUAACGGAUAUCGUGUACGAUGGUUUCUAUUGGUCCAACUUGGAGGGCACCUUCCGGCUUGAAACUUGGAAGGAAGUCAAGGACCAAGCGGGCGAUACGUUCGCCACUGAUACUGGUGAACGUGAUGCGAUUGUUCUGGCAGCUUUGCAGCAAAGGCAAGACGUGUUCUACGCCGGUCGAGGACUGUCCUUCCUCGAGGUCGACGAGGACACGUAUUGGUCCCUGGCGCGUAACUGGGUGUCAUCGGCGUGCAACGACAUCGAACUCGGGGAGAAGAACGUGCUGCGCACUUUGACAGCGGACGAGAUCGACGACAUUGCGCGAUGCCCUGAAUGUGAUCGGCAGCACCAACUCGACCUCCAACGGCAAGCAUAUGUGGCCGAGACUACUGCUCGGGAACCGGUCAGAUACGCGCUCGGCGCUCUGUCGGCUUAUUCGGGCGUGGAUCUCUUGUCGAUCGGCCUUGAAAGGGGUUGUUCGGUGAUCAAGACAAAGGCAGCGAUCGAGCAGAACCCUUACGCCGCUGCUGCGCUUAAGGCCAAUGGUCAAAAAGUCUUCAACUGUCCUACGAGUGAUUACGUCGAAGCACUGUACUACAGCCAAUCCGUACCGGUGCAAGAUGGGGACAAGCCAACGCGACCUGCGCCGCUCAGGCGUGGCGAGGUUCACCUCAUUCAGAGCGGGCCUCCAUGCCAAGGCUUCAGCUCGCAGAACCAGUGCAAGACGCAGGACGACGUGCGGUGCCUCGAACCUUUCGUAUGGCUUUCGGCGGUGGAGCAGUAUCGACCGCUGUUUGCGGUGUUUGAGAAUGUGUCGGACAUACAACGGUUCAUCCUGCCCCGGGGUUCGGAAGAGGAGGCCGUGGAGAAGGGUGGACUGUUGAGGUUGCUGAUGAGCGCUCUGAUCCAGCUUGGGUAAGUUCCGCAAGGUCGAACUUGCGCGUGGUGUUGUGAUACCUGAUUAACAAUGGUUUCACCUUGGCGCAGCUAUCAGGUCCGUUUAGAUGUCCACCAAGCUGCAGCAUUCGGAACACCCCAAGGUCGACAGCGCGUCAUCCUCAUGUGUGCGCGUCGUGGCCUGCUCCUGCCCGCCGCACCCCAACCGACCCAUGCGUUCACGGACAACGGUCUCAAAACCUUUGCAGCUCCUUACGAGACGGGAACCAAGAUCCAUACGGCUCGCUCGAGUCUCCGCCGUGGUGGUCAUGCCCCACACCACGCCGUCACGAUCGAAGCAGCGAUCAACGACCUUCCUUCGUUUGGCUUUGCCGACGCUUUCGAUUUGACCCCUGCGGGUGAGGCGGAUUUUGCUUGGGAGCAAUAUCAGCCGAUCGGGUUCCGCUCACGUCAAGAGGUGCUUGAGCAGGAUCACAAGGCCAAGUCAUUCUACGCGAGCAAGUACCCCAAGUCAAGCUUCCAGCGUUCCUUGCGCGUCCGGACAACCGAAUCACACAACACAGCCCUGACGCCCGAAACGAGCGAGCACGUCGUCCCAGCCGUUCCUGAGAUUCACGCGUCGUAUUUCGCCAACAUUGCCAAACGAUCGAUGAUGAAGAAUGGUCGGGUUCCGGGUAAAUCGCACAACUAUCGCGACAUCCCUUUGGAGGUGACGAUUGAAUUCGAGGACGGGGUCGAACAAUCGUUCGCUUUGAGGCCGGAGUUGCCCUCUGCGAUGCAGGACGAGGACAAGAGAAGCCGCGAUCCGGAGCAUUUCUGGGCGAGGUUGGAAUGGACCCAAGUCAUUUCGACGCUGUUGACGCAAUUGCAGCCCGUUGAGUCACAUUCUGCUGCGUGGGCCAGCUUGUUGUGUGCCUGCCGCUCUUGCUGACCCGAAAUAUGUCUGCACAUCGAUAGGCUGGUUAUUGGCACGGUCCUAGAAUUCACCCUGUUGAUAAUCGUCAGCUCUCCGUCCGCGAGACCGCUCGUCUGUUCGGGUGCCCGGAUCACAUCAAACUGGAAGCCGUUGGGAGGGCUGACGACGAGGACGAACGCUUCGAUGAGAUGUACAAGCUCGUGGGUAAUGCUGUGUGAGUAUUUGUGUUUGGAAGCUAACAUGGUGGACUGAGAGGUCCAGGGCUAAGCAGAUGAUUGCGCUUUGGUAGACCCGUUCCGCUCGCCGAGGCGAUUGGACGAGAAUUACUGCGCGUGGUCGAUGCGAUGAUCUGCGAGGCUGGAGAUGCUCCCUCGGAGCCGGACGCGCUAUGCGACCAAGAAAGCGAAGGAAACUUCUUCGCCGCGAUAUGGACCAAACUGGAAGCUGCUGAGCAUCGGCAGCGCCUGGAUCAUGAUGCAACGACGUGCUCGGCUGAGAAGACGCUGGUCUUUGGAGGAGAAGGUUCGGAUGGUUCGGACAAUGUGGUCUCGACGGUCAUACCCAAGAAACAAAGCAAAACGUCCCCAAGCUCUGCUCAUGCUUUUAUAAGCUCCAGGAUUGACAAGCCGUCUAUGAAAAUAAGGGGAAGUGGGAGUCAAAGUCGGAGCUGA